CUCUGGUAGAUAUUAUAACAGUUCGACUGGAGUAGCUAACGAAACAUCUACCUCUAUUCCAGUCACUGAUAGAUAUUUUGACAGUUCGACUGGAGUAGCUAACGAAACAUCUACCUCUAUUCCAGUCACUGAUAGAUAUUGUAACAGUUCGACUGGAGUAGCUAACGAAACAUCUACCUCUAUUCCAGUCUCUGAUAGAUAUUAUGACAGUUCGACUGGAGUAGCUAACGAAACAUCUACCUCUAUUCCAGUCUCUGAUAGAUAUUAUGACAGUUCGACUGGAGUAGCUAACCAAACAUCUACCUCUAUUCCAGUCUCUGAUAGAUAUUAUGACAGUUCGACUGGGGUAGCUAACGAAACAUCUACCUCUAUUCCAGUCUCUGAUAGAUAUUAUGACAGUUCGACUGGGGUAGCUAACCAAACAUCUACCUCUAUUCCAGUCUCUGAUAGAUAUUAUGACAGUUCGACUGGAGUAGCUAACGAAACAUCUACCUCUAUUCCAGUCUCUGAUAGAUAUUAUAACAGUUCGACUGGAGUAGCUAACGAAACAUCUACCUCUAUUCCAGUCUCUGAUAGAUAUUAUGACAGUUCGACUGGAGUAGCUAACCAAACAUCUACCUCUAUCCAGUCUCUGAUAGAUAUUUUGACAGUUCGGCUUGAUAUUUUGUUCUAGAUCAGUACUGGUAGUAUGAAACAUGUCCGGUCGUCUCAAUACUCGAAUAUUACAAGAAAAUCUACAGACUGAGCUCUCGUGUGUAGUCGUAGCUCUUUCAACUUUAUUCAUACUAGGUCUACAGAUUGGCUACAGUCUACUAGAAGCUGGUAUAUCUAGAAGUAGAAAUGUUUAUACCAUUAUCACAAGAAACACCCUGUUACUCUUUGAAGUAUGUAUUCUGUAUUGGGUAACUGGACAUGCUCUAGCGUUCUCGUCUGGGAAUAUGGUACUCGGUUAUCAAGACUUCUGGUUUGGUAUGAGAUUAAACAGGGGCGAUUACUCUCAGUGGUUAUUUGGAUUCUGUAUGUGUCUAACCAGUACCAAUAUUAUAGCCACGUCAUUGGUGGAGAGAGUUCGGUUUGAAAUUUUCUUCCUGAUUACCUUUAUGUCAGUAGGAUUUGUUCAACCAGUGGUGCUACAUUGGAUGUGGCACGAGGAAGGCUGGUUAAAAGAUUCUACUACCUACGUUUACCAAGAUUUUUCAGGAGUUAGUUGUGUCAAUAUUUAUAGCGGUGUUGUAGGAAUCAUUGGUUGUAUCUUGUUGAAACCUAGAAUUAACCGAUUCCAGUCUGACCCGUAUUCCCGAGCACCGAAACCCUUUCAUGGUCACUCGAAACCGCUGAUUUUUAUGGGUGGGUAUCUGAUUCUGUCUGGUUUGUUGGCAUUAAGAAUAUUAGCUGGAUAUCAAUCGGGUUCGGUACAACGUUUCGACGAGGUUGCAGUUGGUUUAAUAAAUACAUUGAUAGCUACAAGUGCCUGUGUAUUAACAAGUAUAGCUAUUUUGACCAUGUUGAAUUACUGUGGUACUUACUGUUGUAAGGUUGGAGACAGACAUGACUGGUUUCUAUUGUUGACAGCAAUCAACUCUGCUUUAUCUGGUGUGGUAUCGUCUGGUGCCGGAUGUGACGUAUAUUAUCCCUGGGCAGCCGGUGUAACAGGUUUUAUCUCUGGUUGUGUUUAUAUUAUCUGGUGUUUCUUACUCCGCUCCUGUCAAAUUGACGACCCACUAGAAGUCGGUUCAGUUCAUCUGGGUUCAGGAAUAUGGAGUUUAAUUUCGGCACCAUUGUUUAGCACUUCCGGUUUUAUCUAUAGCCCCGGUACAAACCAAUUGAUGGUACUGGCCUGGAAUCUAGCUGGUAUCGGUGCUAUAAUGCUAUGGACUGGUUUACCAUUCAUUGUUCUGUUCAUCUCUUUACGAUUGUGUGGUAUAUUCCGAGUUUCUCAACAUUUAGAAGUACAAGGUUUGGAUGAGUACCAUCAAGAAGUUGCUUACAACAUUAAACUUUAUAACCAUUCCGACCAAAUUCAAACAAAUACUAAAACUAACGAUUUGAGCAGUCUAAAUUCAUGGCAACAGUAUGAAAGUACCCGAUCCACCAUUAAACACCGUCCAUCUUUAAAAUCAAAUAUGGCGAGUACCUUACCUCGGAAAUCAUCCAUCAGACGUCAUUCCCACCCUUACGCUAUAAAACCUACAGCGCCAUCUGGAUCAAUGCGGGAUAACUCUAACUGGAGCUGGCUUGAUAGACCGUCGUUACGUCGAUCAAGAGAAAUAUCUGCCUCCUUUGGUAAAGCUGAUAUUAGAAGAUAUUCGUCUGCUCGUCGAUCAUUUGAUCAUGGAAUGAGACUGGCAGCGCCACCUGGAUCAACGAGAGAUAACUCGAAAUGGAAUUGGCUUGAUCAACCGUCAUUGCGUCACUCACGAGAAAGAUCUGCCUCUUUUGGGAAAGCUGGAAUUUUGAGGUCGUCAUCUGGCCGUCGUUCAUUUGAUCAGGGAAUAGCAUCGUCUGCUCGCCGUGAAUCAAUUCACGAUUCCUCUAGAAAGAUACUGAGUAAUCCAGCAACAUGGUGGACCGACCCAACUACGGGCAGAAAGUUCUAUAGCCAGCGUCCUGUAGAAUGGGGUUCUAUGCCCAAUAUAAAUCAGAGUUGAUAAAAAAAAAUACUGGAUAUAUUGUAAGAACUAGUUGAUUCAUUUCCAUGGUUUUAUUGGGUUUGUAGCAAAACGCCUCCAUGCCAUCUGGUUCAUGAUUUUUUUGUUAUCCGGAGAAUUCUUGAAUGUACCUAUUGUACCAUUAGGAUUUACUUUUCCCCGGAUCAUCGCCCAACCCACUCCUUCCUCCAUUACAAUAAGAUAUGAUUUUAAAGAGAUUGUAAAGGGUUUGCUAAAUUUGCAAGUGUAUCAGAGACACUAAUAUAAUCAAUUUGCACCAUUCCAAUUUUCC